GAUGAGAUUUUUUCCUAGCCCGAACCUGAGUCGUUAUCUAGGGUCUUAACCUCUCGGCAGUUUCGGCCUAAUUGUAUUUAACCAAAAUGACGUAUCCGAUGUUGCUGCUAAAUGGGAAGUAGUUUCAAUGCGUGCGAUUCUAUAACCUAUAGACGAUCAGGAUUUUAAUUACAACCGUUAUGUUGAAUUCCUUGUGUAUUGAACAAACUUCAAGUGUAAAUUGUAAACAAAGAAAUCGUGUAGAAAUUACUAAUUAAGCAUAAAUUAACUAUCUGGAGGAUUAAUUUCUGAGCUUGUGCUGGUCCGCAAGCAAAGUUUACUAUUAAUUUUUGAAUAUUCAUGAUUUGUUUUAAUAAAUGGCGAGGUGUUGUCCUAGAGCGUGCGGGCGUUUGGCCGCUGCAGCAGUCUUCAUAUCUGUUGGAAUUGUACAAGUAAUAGCUGCUAUCGUUCUCUUGAAAUCAAAGUAUGCCUAUUUGCUGUUUGGGCCCAAUAUUUUGUCUGCCUUAUGUAACAUAACAGUUGGUAUACUUCUUGGAAUAGCGUCAACUGUCUGGAAGAGAAUAAACAAAAAUUCAAACAAGCAUUCGAAUCGUAGGAAGUUCCUAGCAAGUUUGGUGGGCUCGAUAUUAUUGCUAAACUCAACAACCGCCACGAUGCUGAUUAUUGGUGAAAGCAAUAGUCUCCUAGCCAUUAACCUGGAAAACCUUGGAGUCAAAGAUGAAAUUCUUGCUUAUGCCUAUUCUGCGUCUGUGUGUUCACCUAUUGUUUGCGUAGUUAUUUCAAUUGCUUUCUUAACUGGGAUUUGUUUCCGACAAAAACCCAAAACUAUAAAAACAUUGGACUUCAGAAAUAUUUUAAAUGCAAACGACGACCAGUUAUACGAUUGGGUUUAUACAUCAGACCUCCCUAAACCAGAUCCAGAAAUAUUGAAAUCUGCACUUUCCUCGUCUUCUGAAUCAACAUCGAGUGAAAGCGAGUCGGACAGCUCUGCAGAUCUUCCAGUUCCCUUGCACCUGCGAUCUCGUUCUUCACUAAGCGAUAUUAAAAAUUCAAAACAUGGCUCUCUCAAGAGUGGCUCUCUCCAAUUUAGCGCUGGCAGAAGUUCAGCGGAACCUGUUUCUCCUGAUUUUCUUAAAACUAGACUUAUUCCUCGCCUGAAACACACAUCCCUGAUUAAAACUCCAGUACGCUCGUACGAUGAAUCCAUUAACUCCUGUGGAAAUCCAGAUUCCAGUAACAGACCAAUGGUAGCCUACAAAAGCGAAUGUAAGCCAGGCACACCAGUCAGAAUAUGGUCUCCUAGCGUCUUGGAAAAAUCUACCUAUUCGCCAAACUUACAAUUUAAUUCUAGUUUGACUCAGUGUCCCACCAAAGCCAAACUUACGUUUUCACCUAUGAGUCAAGGUACUACAGCAAGACGAUUACAAAUGAUAAAAAGAGCCAAAGGUGAAAGCAUGGAUGAACAAUCAACUAGUCUCCAAUCGUCCAUGGAAAACUCUGACCUUCCAGAUCCAGCUCUUGGAGUGAUAGAUUUAUCUUCCAAAAGAAGUAUUUAUUCUCCAAAUCCUCAUUCAGAAAUUCGUCGAACAUCUACUACUGACCACACAAAAGUUCUCCGAGAAUUAGAAAACCUUGACAACUCUGCUAUUCACGUUGACGCUGCAGUUACUGACUUCAAGGAAAUCUACAUGGAUGAAACUUUGCCUGAUGUGAAUGACAAAGAUAAGUCAGCUUCGUCAAGCCGUUUAACGGACAGCGGGUUUGAAGAAAAGAACUGCAGUUUCCGUUCUGGAGGGGAUUUGUCAAUAAUUGUUAGAAAUUCUAAUUUUCGUAAGAAAUUAUCUUCAAGACUGGUUCCAGCUUCUGGACCAGUUAUAUCGGAUAGCUGCAAACUUUAUAAAACAGCCAAUAGAAAAUCUAUUAGGAAUGGCAGAAUGAAGCCUUACUCAAAAUCAAAAAAUAGCUAUGACAAGUAUCUACAAACGGGGUUUUCUUCUUUUAAGGUUAAAGGACAAGUAGACGAAGUGGAUACGACAAUGCAUACCUCAAAAAUGUCUCCAAUGACGUCGAUAUCCGAAAAACCCACGGAAGAAGAGGAUUCUUUUUCGCCUUCUACAUCCGCCCACACUUCCGGAUACAUGUCUGCUGCAUCCUAUGAAGAGAGCGAAGAUGAGGGACACUCUAUUUCAAGACCAUCGCCAGCUCAGAAACUGAUGGCUGAAGAAAUACGAGAAAGAUACCGAAAAAGAAAAGAAAGAGUGACCUUCGAAAUAGAUGGUGACAGAUGAUCUUGGUGUUGAAAAGUAAAUGCUGAAAAAUCAUUGAAAGAAGUAGUCUGCAACUUAAAAAGAUAUUUUGGGUAAAAUGUGCUCAAUACUUUGCAAUGAUAUAAAUAUUUAGUUGUCCUAUGUAAAAUUAUUUUGAAAUGUCUAAUGUAUAGUUAAAUUCAAAGUAAUGUUAAUAUUGUUAGAAAGCUGUGCUUUAAAAAAAUGUUAAAAAAAAUAAUAAUAAUAAUAAAAAAAAAAUUUGAAAAUUUUGAGUAGUGAGACAGAGUAUGAAUAUCAUGUUUGUAAGUGUAUUUUCUAUAAAGAAAGAGUUUACAAUAAAUAAUAAAUUAUUA